CUCCAUGUUCCUCGAAUUCAGCCGUCUCCCUCGCAUUCGUGGCCGUCGCCGUCGCCUCCGCCAUCCGUUCUGCUGCCGCCGUCUCCUUCGUCCCUCCUCCAUCCUUCGCCGCCGCCGCGUCCACCAUCCGCCGCUGUUAGCACUGCCGCUGUUGUUCCCUUCUCUCGCUGUUCUGCCCUUUUCUUUUUGGCAGAAAUUCUGAUUGAUGUGACCCACUAAUGCAAGCUCCCAAUGGCACUUCCACCGAGUUUGACUUCUACAGGCUUCCUCAAAUCUGGGUUUAUUCUUCCAGCCUCAGUUUCACUAAAAAAAAAUGGGAAAUUUGUUUCAAGAUCAUCAACUAGGUUGUUUAGUAUUCGAUCUGUGCAAGAGAGCGAAGGGCCUCGAAGGCUGGUUGACAUCAUUCGGCUAGUGCCAGAUAUAUCAAGAAACUACUUUAAAAGCCCUUCAAGGAGAGCACUUUUUGGGGGGAUAUCCUUAUUGGGUGGCUUUUAUGUGGCACAGACGAUCUCUUUAUCCUUCGGAGCAUUGGGAGUCAACGAUGUAAUUGCUGCAGUUAUCUGUGUUCUCCUCACCGAGUAUGUGACAAAGUUUUACUAUAGCCGGCCAAAGGUGACUUUCCCGCUGGCUCUCUUGAACAACUUCAAGAUGGGUUUCACUUAUGGUCUCUUCAUAGAUGCUUUCAAGCUAGCCAGUUGAAUUCAAAC